AUGAGAUCUCUAGAUAGCACAACAAUAAGUAAGACUUUUCGUUCAGCGUUCAAUAUCUCCGACUACAAUCCAUACGACGAGAAAGCGAUGGGAUUCGUCGUUUACUUUCCCGCUGUCACCUGUAUAUUUGCCGGUUUGACAAUUCGUGGCAACUUUAAACGGAAGAAGGACAACGUAUUUCGAGGCACUUCACUGGCUUUGAUCCUGUCGUCGCUGAUAUACAUAUUGAUGGCAGUUUUAGAAGCACAUUUCCUUGCCGUCAGUCAUCUGGUUCUUAGCCACAUCACCGACCCGGGUCACAAACUGCGCAAUAUGGCUGUGCUGAAAUCACUUCCGGUUACCGUAGUAGUGCUGCUGUCGUGUUUCUACUGCGCAUACACGGCAUUCCUCAGUGCGGCGCAAACAGUACAGGAUGUGGGAAAAAGCAGUGGCCUUGUUCCCGGCUGGGACAAGAUGGGUCGAGGAUACGGUAAACAAAAUAGUCCUCGAGUUGCUUUCGUCGUUAUCACCCUUGUGGGCAUCGCCUUAACAAUGAUCGGAGAGUUCAAUCUUAUUGCGAGUAUAAUGACCAUUUAUUACCUGGCAACGUUUUGUAUUCUGAACUACGCUGUCUUCAUGGCAACACUUAAGUCUGAGAAACCCAUGUAUCGAUGGUUCAACCGAUGGCUGGCGUUGCUGUGCUCGUUGCUCUGUGUCCACAUUAUGCUCGCUGUCAGUUGGAAGCUCACUAAUGCGGCCAUUUUGACAUUCCUCAAAUUCUACAUCUACAUCAAGUGGAAACAGUCACAGAUAAAAGUUGGUCAGAAGUUAGCUGGAUCGUCCUUUACCAACACUCUAAGUGGCCUGCAGAACAUGGAACGAGAAUCGGAUCUCAGUUACAAACCUCAGAUGCUGCUUCUUACGGGGAAUCCUGCUGCUCGUCCAGCGCUCGUCGACUUCGCUCACAACAUUAUCAUGCGCACGUCACAAUCACAUAGCAAUGUUUGUAUGUUACAGCAGCCUGUCAGUAGUCGUACAUACAUGAUGACCGAGAAAGUGGAUCGGCAGAUGUGCGAGUGGUUGGCAAAUCGUGACGUGUCCGCUUUUCCGGCGACUGUGGCAAAUGAGAACCAAGUGGAAGGAGCUGCGACUUUGUUACAGACGUCAGGUAUCGGCAAGAUGCGCCCUAAUAUUCUGAUGGUCGGAUUCAAGACCAAGUGGGAAAGGGGAGGAGCGUCCAACUUGGAUGCGGUCAUCGGAUUCUACGAAAUUGUCCUAAACGCAUUUGAGAAGAACGUGGGUGUGGCCAUUUUCCGCAAUUCCCACAUUGGAUUUGAUCUAACGGAACGCCUGAAACAGAACAACUCCGGCAGUGCUAUCGACGCAGAUGAGAACGGCAUCAAUACCGAUCCCUAUGCACAGUGUAAUAUCAGUCAAUGCAGUCAGCAGUCCGCGGAUAAAGCUCCAAAAGGAGUGAGCGGAAUGAUCCGAACGGUUGCUUCAUUCGUUCGACGUAAUGCUGCUACGGAUUCUGAGAUAAGCGAUGCAGCAGCAAAGGCUAACAAUAGGUUCCAGCUUGUCUCAAAACACAGUGUGAGGGAUCUUCAAAACACCGAUCUUGUUCUUCAACUAGAUCGCUUCCGAACCAGGAUACAAAGAGGCACCAUUGAUGUUUGGUGGUUGAAGGACGACGGAGGUCUAACGUUGCUUCUACCGUAUCUCCUCCAGUUGCCCGGCACCUAUCUCGAAGGAGCUCGAAUGCGCGUGUUCCUCGAGGGCGGACGAAGCGAUCGUGUGGCGGAGGAACAGAAGCAUAUGGCGACACUACUGAAGGCCUUCCGCGUCGACUGCUCAGAUCUGAACGUUAUCACUGGAUUCGACCUGCCACCUAGCAGAUCAACGAUGGAAGAAUUCCAAGAUCUAGUGGCACCAUUCAGGGACGGCGGAACAGAGAGGCGAGGUCUCAUAACUGAUGAAGAAUUGCAAAAUCUCCAACAAAAAACCAAUCGCUACUUACGGACGAAGGAGCUGCUCCAGCAACACAGCACAAAUGCCGAUCUAGUCAUAGUGUAUGACCCUGCCGAUACCUCGACGAUCUGCAAUGUCGGCCUCGCUUUACUUGUCGUGGCUGGAGAUGAUCAGCCGAGACCUCCCUCCAACACUUCUUGUCCGGGGGAAUCGAACGUCCGUUUUGAGUUAUUUUGA